AUCAGUUUAUUGUAAUACCAUCGUCAUGAUUUUUACAUAAAAACGUUUCAAAAUGUAAACUUCAGAGGAGAAUUACUAACAUUUUUUGAUUAUUUCAGCUCCCCAGUCCGUAAACAAAAUGUCAGACGUAGAAACUAAUGAUGGCCCUUCCGCGAUGGCAACGGGAGGCUCAAUGGACGUAACCACAGCCCUUCAAGAAGUUCUUAAAAAUGCUCUUAUUCACGAUGGUGUUGUGCAUGGUCUUCACGAAGCUGCCAAAGCGUUGGACAAAAGACAAGCUAUGCUGUGUAUUUUGGCUGAGAACUGUGACGAACCUAUGUAUAAAAAGCUAGUGCAAGCAUUGUGCAAUGAACAUCAGAUUCCCUUAAUUAGGGUAGACAAUAAUAAGAAACUAGGUGAAUGGGCUGGUUUGUGCAAAAUUGACAGUGCUGCUAAAGCUCGAAAAGUUGUUGGGUGCUCCUGUGUUGUUAUAAAGGACUUUGGGGAAGAUACUCCUGCAAAGGAUGCUGUAAUGGACUACGUCAAACAAAGUUCUGUACAUUAAGAUCUUUUAAUAAAAUAUUGGAUAUAAA